AUGACCGGAAUAUUCCCCUCGAACGAAGACAUGGUGGUUGAAAUCCUUCUCCGGCUGCCUGCAAAAUCUCUAACCAGAUUCAAAUUAGUAUGCAAACAUUGGCUCUCUCUCAUCUCUGCACAACAAUUCUGCUAUCUCCACACUCUCCGCCACCCAAAACCACAGCCCUCUCUCAUCCUUCGAACUCAUACCUCACACUAUUUUUACUUCAAUCCAGUUCCCAAUAAUCAUAAGCUCAUACCUUACAGUUUCACCAUUCCAAACUCUAAAAUCUUGAAUUCAUGCAACGGGCUGCUGCUGCUGCAAUCUGUCCAUCCAGUGGAGUACCAUGUUUAUAAUUCCACCACAAAGCAAUCAAGAAAGAUCAGCCUCGCUGAUAAUAGCGAGGAUUUCACUAAUGUUAUGGGGCUAACCUUAGCAUUUGAUCCUUCAAAAUCACCUCAUUACAAGAUUGUGUGUGUGAGGGCUAAAAUGAAGCCCCCUUCAGCUCAUGAGAGACAUUGUCGAAUAGAGGUCUACAACUCUCAAAGUCUCACAUGGAGGCUGUGUUUGGAGCCACUUGUGGCUCCUAUAGGAGCUAACUUCUCUUCUGGAGUACACUGCAACAAUGUGAUUCACUGGGAUAACUAUCCUCGCGCACAUUUAUACUAUAAUAUAAGCAAAAAUGUUAUUGGAAAUUUACCUCAUGCUCGAGUUCCAUGGCAUGGGGGUGGAGGAGGUGCAGCUUCUCACUGCCAACUCCAAGAAUCAGACGGCCGUCUUUACCAUUUCAUCAUAGUCUCGCACCUUGGCGACAAAUCAAUAGCAGUUUAUGAAUUGCAGGAAGAUUAUUCUCAGUGGCUCUUGAAGUAUCAUGAUGAAGUUGGCCGCCUUCCUGGAAGGUCUCGUAUAUUUGGUUACAUAAAGGGAGACGAAGGACAGACCUGCACUAUGAUCACUCAUGUCCCUGGUAAGAUAACUUUGUACAGUUUUCUCGACAAGAGAUCCGAGGAGCUCGUUGAUUUGACAAACCAACCAUUCUACCGGGAAGAUUCUGUGCAGUUCGAUUCUAGAGAUGUUUUCCAGUUUGGUGAAACUCUGGCUCCUGUCUAG